AUGAGUAUGCCACAGCCUCCUCAUAUUGCUCUGUUUCCUAGUGCUGGAAUGGGCCAUUUGAUGCCGUUCCUCCGGCUUGCGGCAAUGCUAGCAAAGCAAGGCAGCAUCGUCACGUUAAUUACAGGUCAACCCACCGUGUCCAUCGCGGAGUCGGACCACAUAUCGUCAUUCCUUCGCCACAAUCCCAAAAUCAAUCAUCUUGAACUCCAGCUUACUCCUAGCUUCCGGCAAGCUGAUUCCCCUCUUGUUGACCCUUUCUUUCAGCAGAUGCAUCUCAUCAAUCAGUCAACCAAUCUUCUCCCUCCGUUGUUAUCUUCAUCGUCUCCACCUUUUUCUGCUAUAUUUGUUGACUUCCUUGUGGUUGCCAAGGUUGCACCAGUUGCCAAAUCCCUCGACCUCCCUAUUUAUGUUCUUGCCACCUCCUCAGUCUCUUUCGUCUCGGUCAUGGCAUAUCUUCCAGUGCUGGCAUCGAACCCAGUUGAGUUCAACAAAACUUACCCUGAAGUCAAGAUACCGGGAUUGCCACCCAUGGCAAUGUCAAGCCUCCCACCGGUAUUCCAUGAUUCUAGUCAUCUUCUUACAUCGAUUAUUAUUACAAACUCUCCAGCUCUAUCAGAGGCGAAAGGAAUCUUGAUGAACACUUUUGAGUGGUUUGAAGCAUCUACACUUGCGGCUCUCAACAAAGAUAGGGCGAUUAAAAGCUUGCCGCCCAUUCUGCCCAUAGGGCCAUUACAACCAUAUCAUGUUCCACAUGAUGAUGACAGGGACCAAUACAAGUCAUGGCUGGAAAAUCAGCCAGCUGAAUCUGUGGUGUACAUAAGCUUUGGGAGCAGGACAGCGAUGUCCAGAGAUCAGAUACAAGAAUUGGAAAAGGGGCUGGAGAAAACCGGGUGGAGGUUCUUCUGGGUCCUAAAAACUAGUAAAGUAGAUAAGGAUGACCAAGAGGACGCGGAACACUUAUUGAACGAAGCCUUCUUGGAGAAAACAAAGAAUAACGGGUUGGUCAUAAAAGGGUGGGUGGAGCAGCAGGAGAUUCUAGGGCAUCCUGCCAUCGGAGGGUUCUUGAGCCACUGCGGGUGGAACUCGGUGAUGGAAGCAGCUCUACAGGGAGUCCCAAUGCUUGCUUGGCCGCAACAUGGUGAUCAAAGGCUUAAUGCACAAGUCGCGGAGGAUGCAGGAUUGGGAUUGUGGGAGAGGAACUGGGAUUGGGGUCCCAAUGGUAUUGUGAAAGGAGAAGAGAUUGAGAAGAAGAUUGUAGAGUUGAUGACAGAUAAGAAGCUGAAAGGGAGAGCCAAGAAGGUGAGAGAAGAGGCUAGGAAGGCUGUUGGGAGAGGUGGGAGCUCUGAUACGGUGAUCCGAGAGCUGCAACAUGGUGAUCAAAGGCUGAAUGCCCAUGUCGUGGAGGAUGCAGGAUUGGGAUUAUGGGAGAGGAAUUGGGAUUGGGGUCCCAACAGUAUUGUGAAAGGAGAAGAGAUUGAGAAGAAGAUUGUAGAGUUGAUGACAGAUGAGAAUUUGAGAGGGAGAGCCAAGAAAGUGAAAGAAGAGGCUAGGAAGGUUGUUGGGAGAGGUGGGAGCUCUGAUAUGGUGAUCUGA